GGAGCCUGCUCUGAAUGAAAGGCAGCCCUUGAUGCGGGGAAAGCAGGGUUUUGUUCUUCCUCCACUUUGGAAGGGAUCGAUCACUAUUAUGUCUCUCCUCUCCAAAAUCUGGAGCCUCGGUUGCAAGCAGGUGCUGGAGCUCCGGAGGAUCGCUGCUGGCGUCCCUGGCUUCCUGAGGCUUCACCAGCUGCCCAGGAAUCCUGGGGAGGACAAAGAAGAGGAGGAGGAAGAGGAGAAGAAGGAGGAUGAGGAGGGGGCUCCUGGCCAGGGAUCCCCCAAAGGCUUCUGCCCCCAGCGCCAUCCCAGCCCCUCCAGGGCCAAAAGCCUCCAGGAAAUGCCCGGACCCAGGACUUUCUCCAACUUGGUGGAGUUCUUCUGGAAGGAUGGCUUUGGGCGCAUUCAUGAAAUCCAGCAGAGGCACGUACAGGAAUAUGGAAAAAUUUUCAAGUCACAUUUUGGUCCCAAACUAGUUGUAUCCAUUGCAGAUCGAGAUAUGGUGGCUCAGGUUCUCCGGGAAGAAGGCACUAUGCCUCAACGGGCUGACAUGGAUUCUUGGCAGGAAUACAGAGAUUUACGAGGGAGAGCUACAGGACUUAUAUCUGCAGAAGGGGAACAGUGGCUAAAAAUGAGGCGGGUGCUAAGACAAAAAAUGGUGAGACCCAAAGAUGUUGCCAUUUUCUCUGGAGGAGUUAAUGAAGUUAUUAUAGAUUUAAUUAAGAGAAUCCACAUUCUGAGAAGUCAAGAAGAAGAUGGAGAAACAGUGACAAAUGUCAACAGCCUUUUUUUCAAGUAUUCAAUGGAAGGUGUGGCAACUGUUCUGUAUGAGUGCCGCUUGGGGUGUCUGGAAAGUGACAUCCCUCAGAACACUGCUGAAUACAUUGAAGCACUGGAAUUGAUGUUCAGCAGUUUCAAAACUACCAUGUAUGCAGGAGCAAUUCCCAAAUGGCUUCGUCCAAUUAUACCAAAACCUUGGAGAGAAUUCUGUAGGUCAUGGGACGGACUCUUUAAAUUCAGUCAAAUUCAUGUUGACAACAAAUUAAAUGACAUAAAAUCCCAUUUAGACCAAGGAGAAGAGAUAAAAGGUGGACUUCUCACAACUCUGCUUCAAAGUAAAGAGCUCACGGUGGAAGAAAUCUAUGCCAACAUGACAGAAAUGCUUUUGGCUGGGGUUGAUACAACUUCAUUCACUUUAUCCUGGGCAACAUACAUGUUAGCAAAGCAUCCAGAAGUGCAGCAUUCUGUCUAUAAAGAGAUAGUCCAUAACUUGGGGAAGGAUAAAGUCCCUGAUGCAGAUGAUAUCCCCAAUCUGCCAAUGACCAGAGCCCUUCUCAAAGAAACCUUAAGAUUAUUUCCAGUAUUACCGGGAAAUGGCAGAGUAACCCAGAAAGAUAUGAUUGUUGGUGGAUACUUGAUACCUAAAGGGACCCAACUGGCCCUAUGUCAUUAUGCUACAUCAUAUCAAGAAGAGAAUUUCCCAUCAGCAAAUGAGUUCCAACCUGAUCGUUGGCUAAGGAAAAGCAACAUGGACAGAGUGGAUAAUUUUGGUUCCAUUCCUUUUGGUUAUGGCAUUCGGAGUUGUAUAGGAAAGAGAAUUGCUGAAUUGGAAAUUUACCUUGCACUAAUACAGCUCCUUCAGAAUUUUGAAAUAAAAAUUUCUCCAAAAACUAAACCAGUUUGUGCCAAAACCCACGGACUAUUGACUCCUGGAGACUCCAUCAAUGUGAAAUUUGCAGACAGGAAGUGAGAGAAGGGACUUCAGGAAGCUCUUCAGCAUGAUCUAUGACUGAAAGGUGCUGAAGAUUCUUUAAGCCAGUAUGAGAUUUCUGUAAACUAGCAUUAAAUACUUAUCUAGAGGUUUGUCUGUCCUUCCAACACCAUGCCACUCCAUAGAAUAUUAAGCACUCAUUAAAAUAAUUUCUUUUUUCUGGUUAGAAUCCAGUUUAUUCUGGGAGCUAAAGAAAGACAAUAGAAAGAAUCAAAUUACUUUAAUCACAUUUCCCCAACGGUGGAGUAUUUACAGACAACGUAUCAUUGCAUUCCUUUCCUAUGAGUUUCUCUAGAGAGUCAUUUUGUAGCAAUCACAGAAUAUACUUAAGUUCCAGCAAAAGACUGUAGUUACUUUAUCACUUCCAACUUCAUUCCAUUGUCAGGCAAAUGAAGUGAUAAGAUGCUAUUCAUGAGCUAAAUAGUAAUGGAUUUCAUCUUCAGGAUGUUGUUUCUUAUCACAUGAGUACAUCCCAAUUCCUCUGAGACAUAAGUGUUAUUUUGUGUGAUGGGGUGCAGGAUAAACACUGGCUUGAGUCCCCACCUUCUCUUCCAUGCCCUUUUGAGAAUUCACACUUUAAUUAUGUUUCUUCUCCCCCCCCCCCCCCAGAGUUUUCAUGAAUUAACAAUAAUGCAUCAAAAAUUAGGGAGAAUGGUUUUAAAUAUAAAGACACUUUAAAGUAAUGAAAUUUACAGCCUGUUGGAUUUUAUUCCCUGAAGAGCUUAUUUAAUAACAUAUAAAAGGAGUAUAAAUUUUUAUGUAAAAUGAAGUCAGUACGUCACAGAAAUAGUAAAAUAAUAAUUUUAUAUAAGUCCAUUUUAACUGACAUUUAUUGCAAAUUUAGCAUUCUUUGUAAAUAAAGUUUUUACUUUAGUAGCUUGAUGUUUUUUUUAAAUACAAGCAGUACAUACUGCUCAGUUUUAUAUAUAGCUCUAUUAUUUUGUGUGGGAUACUGCCCUCUCCAGGACAGAUAGGCAAAUGACAUGUUGUUUAUGUAUUUGGGAAAUGUGCACUUUUAAAUGUUGCUUAUUUAAGCAAUUUCUAUAGCUAAUGACAACCAGAGGUUUGAAUCUGAGGUGUUUGUUACAGUCCUGGAGGGCAGCAAUGUGACAUUUAUGAGGAACGAUUUAUUAAGAAUUCCCAAUGGUGAAGCUAUUUUAUGUCUUCAUCUUAAUGCUCUGCUAACAUGCAUAUUUUUAAAGGCACAUUGGUUAUGUGUAUAGCAGGUGGAACAUUUACAUUCGCUUUUUCAGGGCACUGAUGCUACUUCAUCUACCAUGACUUUCAUUACUCUCAGCUUUGCACUAAUAUUCCAAAUGAAUGAGAAUAUGUCCAACUUUCUCAGGAAUAUGUCCAACUUUUUCUCUGUAUCUCUGGAUAUUUUGUCAAGGAGAAAAAGGUAUUCUCAAACAGAGAACAAAAACUUACUUGCCUUCAGGAUCUCAACCUGCUUUUGGCAAAUUCUCUGCUUAAGUAGGGAACAAGCACUGACUCUCAGUUUGAAUUGUAUAUGGAUCUGCAUUUUGGA